GAGGCCCGCUGCACAAGGAAACCCAUACACGUCGCCUUUUCCUGUCUUGGGGGACGCGGUAGUUCUCUCUCUAGCAGACAGACUUUGUGGGCUGGUUUUCAUCUCACGGCCCCACCCUGUGCGCCCUGUCCUGGACUGAAUCAGGGCCGUCCCGCUGUGCUCUGGAGUUUCUAUGAAGCACCUAGGAACCAAAGAGAGGCCGCCUAGGACACGAGGACGACUGCUCCAAGGCCGCGGGUAGAUCUUGCAAAUGUUCUGCAUCUUCCAGGCUGGAUUCUGAGAACGCAGGGAUUGAAGGCUCCCAUUCCUGGAGGAGAUGGCUUGCUGCCAGUCGCUCGACCAAACACAUCAUGAAAAUAUCAAAGUGCUUCAGAAAGGUGGAAAAGAUGCCACCCCCACAGCAGAUGGAGGCGAAAGGGGCUGCACUGUGGGGUUAUUGACCUUGAGGAUCAUCCUGGUGGGCAAGACGGGCAGUGGGAGGAGCGCCACAGGCAACAGCCUCCUCUGCUGCCCAGCCUUUGAGUCCAGGCUGCAGGCCCAGUCUGUGACCAGUGAGUGCCAGGAUGAGAAAACCACGUGGGAUGGGAGGACCAUCCUGGUGGUCGAUACACCCCCCAUCUUUGAGGCAAAGGCCUGGACCCCAGAGACAUACAGGGACAUAGGAGACUGCUACCUGCGGGCAGCUCCGGGGCCCCACGUGCUGCUCCUGGUGACCCAGCUGGGGCGCUUCACGGCCCAGGACUCCAUGGCAGCGAGAAGGGUGAGGGAGAUCUUCGGGAAAGAGAGCACGAGGCAUACGGUCAUCUUGUUCACCCACAAGGAGGACUUGGGGCACGAGUCCCUGGACCAGUACCUGGCCAACUCAGACAACCGCAGUCUGCAGGCCCUGGUGCAGGAGUGCGGGAAGAGGUACUGUGCCUUCAACAACCGGGCGACAGGCCGGGAGCAGCAGGACCAGCUGGCUGAGCUCAGGGCGGUGCUGGACAGGCUGGAGCAUGAGCUGGAGGGCUGCUUCCUCAGCAACGACCUCUUCCAGCGGGCCCACCUGCUGCGGCAGGGCGGGGAUGCUGCCCUCCAGGAAGGCCACAGUCGCUACCUGGCCCGGGUGAGGCAGCAGGUGGAGAAGCAGAGGCGAGAGCUGAAAGAGUUGGAGAGCAACUGCGUGUGCAGGCCAUUCCUCAGAGCCCAGACCUGGGUGCUUUUACACAAAAAGAUCUGUGCUGCUUGUGUUUUGGGCAGCUUACUUAUUCUCGUGAUUCUUCUCAUCAUACUUUUUAAAGUGUUACACUUUGAAUCUUAGAGCACUUUCUAAAGUGUUGCCUCGCCUCAUCUAUGCACUGCUGUGAGUGUCCCUGGUUCAGAAGUCACCUCGCGGUCUGCAGGCACUGUGUGUCUGGACAGCACUCGGGGUCCCUUUCUUCCUCAUGGAUUUUCCAUUAUUACCUCUGCCCAGAGCUUCAAAUUUGUUCUGGGUGUGGUGCAUGAACCUUCAGCAGCUGUUUUGCUCUCAACUUGAGGUAGAAGCAAAACUUCAAAACUUCAAAGCAGAACAGGAAGAUGGAACAAAAACAAGCCCUUGAAGCACCCAGCCCUACCCUGUCUCAGCAUUUUCAAUUAUGUGAGCCAACAAAUUUCUUAACUUUGUAAGCAACAUGAGUCUUAGGGACUCUUAUCUGUACUUAAAAGCAU